CAAAGGAACGGCCAGUGUACAGGUGCAAUACGGAACGAUACUGUUAUAGCUGCACAUGUGUUGGCGUAUAUAUGCGGGUUUUAUGGUCCAAAUACGUCGUUAUACAGAUGUAAGUAUCCUGUUGAAACUUCAAUUCAGCAAAUGAAGGCAGAUUGACCAGCAAUGAUGAAGGCAGACUGACCAGCAAUGAUGAAGACAGACUGACCAGCAAUGAUAAAGACAGACUGAUCAGCAAUGAUAAAACCAGACUGACCAGCAAUGAUAAAGGCAGACUGACCAGCAAUGAUGAAACAGUGUGCGUUCAAGUAGAUCCCCGUCCUCUCCUCCGUGUUUGAAACUGAAACGCUCUGUGUUAGUUGAUGUGCAAAUUGACUUGACAGUAAAAUAUUUGCUGAGUAUCUAAAUUGAUGAUACUCGGCAGGAAAAUAUAAUUUAGAUUCUUUGUCAUAUAUAAAGUUAAAUUCAAAAGAAUUUCUUAAUCAUCAAGUAUGAUGCUCAGGGGGUAUCGUUGCUGUCUAAGUGCGAUUUACAGGAUAGACACAUGGUCAAAGCAACAUCGUGCAUGUCUUGCCUGCGUGUUUUUCAUAAUGCUUGUAGGACUUUGCUACCUUAUUUUCGUUGAUAAAUCUGAAAUACGUUUUGGGAAAGAUGAAAACCCAAAUAUUGUAUCAUGGCUGCCGGGUUUGCCUGAAAGCAUGUCGUUCUUAAGGCUGCAUUUGGAUAUCCGCAGGAUUGUGAACAGGAAGUUGCUGAAUAUGACAACGGAAGUAGACGACAUAGGAGUGAUCAAUCCACAUCCUUUCCGAUAUAUAAUUAAUCCUGGUCGUUGUAAGUUCAAGAAUCAUGAUGUUCGUCCAGUGUUAGUUAUCGUAAAAUCUGCAGUGCGUAAUGUUUUUCUUCGACAUGCUAUACGGACGACUUGGGGCAAUAUUAGUGAAGACAAUGUCAAAAUAGUGUUCAUGUUAGGACGUAACACCUCUAAUGACCAGCAGAGAACAAUCGACCUGGAGGCCGCAAAGUAUAACGAUAUUGUCCAACAAGACUUCAUAGACGCUGAUUUCAAUAACACGCUCAAGACCAUUUUGUCAUUUAAAUGGGCAACUCAAUACUGUGAAAAUGCUCAAUUUGUAUUGUUUGUAGACGACGACUUUGUGAUCGACUUACCAAAGAUUCUGAUGUAUAUUUAUUCUAUUCCAGAGGUUGAUGCUGAAACACUUUUCAUAGGACAUCGAAUAAUACAACCUGUCGUGAGAGACAAGCGCUCCAAAUGGGCUUUGCCUUUAGAGGUGUUUCCAUACAAAUAUUGGCCUCCAUAUUUAGCAGGUGGGACGUAUCUUGCAAGUAUGCAGGUUGCCAAAAAAUUUACCUGUGCUUUUCCGUAUAUACAAGUUUUAGUUAAAACUGACGGAUGGUUAGGUAUAGUCGCUAUGAAUGUCGGAAUAAACCCUCAAGAUAAUAUUUUUUUUCAUAAUAACGGGAGGUACGCUCAUCUAGCGCUAGUUUACCAGUGCUGCCACACUCAAAAGGAAAUGUUGCACUUCUGGUGGCAAUAUAAUCAGAAAAAAAGCUUCCGAUUUUGGACCCCAGGAUGAACUCUAAACCUAUGCCCCGUAGAACAAUUUCGGUUAAAAAAACACAUAGCCGCCUUUGUCCUAUGAUGACGACACUGCUGAUGCCCUGUGUAUUGUAUACAUUUUGCGAUAUUCAAUUUUUCAUGUAAAUUUUUCUGGCGUAAUCUGUACCUAAAUUACUAUUAUUUUGCGACCAACAGUUAAUUCUGCGGCGUACUCUCAUAGAAAUUUCUGAUAUUUUUUGUAUAUUUAUUUUUAGUUUCGUUCUCUAAUAUUUGAUUAUGAAACACAUAAAUGUUUUGCAUGGAGCUCUUGGGAUACACGUUUUUGACUUUCGGCUAUCUGAUGAAGCGGGCAAUGUGACGGAAUGUUUUCAAGUAGCAAUGAAUAUAGGCUUUCAAAUCCAAAACUAUAUACGUCUUCAAUAUCAAAAAAAAAUCUCAAGUUUCAUAAUCCAACGUACGGCGGAAAAAAUAUCACGUAACCGGCAGUAUUAUUUUGUCUAUCAGGAGUACCUAGUAGAUAAGUAGCAGCAGCCAACGCUUUUUACAUCAGAAUAAUGAAAUACGCUUAAGUUCGAAGUUAGAAACCUUGCAAAGACGUCAUGUAAAUACCACCCUUUUAUUUGUUC